AUGUUUUCUACUGCUCGUUCAGACACCUUAUUUCUUGGUGCUCAAAAGAUUAGUGGUGAUGAUGUUCGUAAUCAAACCGUGUUAGCUGCUCAAACUGUUGCUAAUGUGGUAAAAUCUUCAUUAGGACCAGUGGGGUUGGAUAAAAUGUUAGUGGAUGAUAUUGGUGAUGUCACUGUCACUAAUGACGGUGCCACCAUCUUAUCCCUUUUAGAUGUUCAACAUCCUGCUGGUAAAAUAUUGGUAGAAUUAGCUCAACAACAAGAUAGAGAAGUUGGUGAUGGUACUACAUCAGUAGUUAUAAUUGCCAGUGAAUUAUUAAAAAGAGCUAAUGAAUUAGUUAAAAAUAAAAUCCAUCCUACUACUAUUAUAACUGGUUAUAGAUUAGCUUUAAGAGAAGCUGUUCGUUAUAUAAAUGAAGUAUUAUCUCAAUCAGUUGAAAGUUUAGGUAAAGAAACUAUUAUAAAUAUUGCUAAAACUUCAAUGUCAUCAAAAAUUAUUGGAUCUGAUUCAGAAUUCUUUGGUAAAAUGGUGGUUGAUGCUAUGUUAGCUGUAAAGACUGUAAAUACUAAGGGGGAAGUUAGAUAUCCUGUUAAAGCUGUUAAUGUUUUAAAAGCUCAUGGUAAAUCUUCAACUGAAUCUAUAUUAGUAGAUGGUUAUGCUUUAAAUUGUACAGUUGCAUCUCAAGCUAUGGUUAAAUCAGUUAAAAAUGCUAAAAUUGCUUGUUUAGAUAUUAAUUUACAAAAAGCUAAAAUGGCAAUGGGAGUUCAAAUUAAUAUUGAUGAUCCUGAUCAAUUAGAAGAAAUUAGAAAAAGAGAAUAUGGAAUUAUUAUUGAAAGAAUUAGAAAGAUUAUAAAUGCUGGUGCUAAUGUUAUAUUAACUACUAAAGGUAUUGAUGAUUUAUGUUUAAAAGAAUUUGUGGAAAAUAAUGUUAUGGCAGUUAGAAGAUGUAAAAAGGAAGAUUUAAGAAGAAUUGCUAGAGCUACCGGAGCAACUUUAGUAGGAAAUUUAUCUAAUUUAGAAGGUGAAGAAACUUUUGAAUCAUCAUAUCUUGGUUAUGCUGAUGAAGUGGUUCAAACAAGAAUUAGUGAUGAUGAAUGUAUAUUAGUUAAAGGUACUAAACAACAUUCAUCUUCAUCAAUAAUUUUAAGAGGUCCAAAUGAUUAUUCAUUAGAUGAAAUGGAAAGAUCUUUACAUGAUUCAUUAUCAGUUGUAAAAAGAACUUUAGAAAGUGGUAAUGUUGUACCUGGUGGAGGAGCUGUUGAAACUGCUUUAAAUAUAUAUUUAGAAAAUUUUGCUACAACAGUUGGAUCAAGAGAACAAUUAGCUAUUGCAGAAUUUGCUAAUGCUUUAUUAGUUAUUCCAAAAACUUUAGCUGUAAAUGCUGCUAAAGAUGCAUCUGAUUUAAUUUCAAAAUUAAGAACUUAUCAUGCUGCUUCUCAAACUGCUUUACCAACUGAUACCAAAAGAAAGAAGUAUAAAUAUUAUGGAUUAGAUUUAAUUGAAGGUAAAAUUGUUAAUGAAAUAAGUCAUGGUGUUUUAGAACCAACUAUUUCCAAGAUAAAAUCAUUAAAAUCAGCUUUAGAAGCUUGUAUUUCUAUUUUAAGAAUUGAUACCAUGAUUGAAGUUAAUCCUGAAGCACCAAAGGAAGAUCCUCAUGAUCAUUAG